AUGUGCUUUCUGGCAGCCAUCUCGCUACUCUUCGUGUUCAUCAUUCGACAAUUCUGGUUCAAUCGCCCGUUUCCCACCUCGUUGCCCGCUAAAGUGUUACUUGUGAUCGCACAUCCCGACGAUGAAACGAUGUUUUUCGCGCCGACGAUCACCGAACUCACCAAGCAAGGCCACAGAGUGUUCCUAUUAUGCACAUCGACUGGCGAUUUCUAUGGACAAGGACAAUUACGAGCUAAAGAACUACGAGAAGCUGUGCAAUUCUUGGGCAUCAAUCCGUCGGAUGUGAGUAUUUUGGAUUACGACAAGUUCAAGGAUGGCCACCAAUGGGAUCACUUGGAAUUGUCUGACGUACUGCUAAAGCAAAUCAAGCUUUUGGAUGCCGAGGUGAUCAUUUCGUUUGAUGAUGGCGGUGUGUCGCACCAUUCAAAUCACAUUUCGAUCUUCGAUGCCCUACAGGAGUUGUACUCGCGUGGAGAGCUUCCAAUUAACACACAAGUUUUCUGUCUUGACACAGUCAGUGUUCUUCGCAAAUACGCCUGGAUCCUCGACGUCUCUCUGUCGAUUGUGCAAUCUCCGUUUUGUUACUUUGCAACGAUGCGAAGCUUUUUUGCCGCAUGGAGAGCGAUGCGGGCACAUAGAUCCCAACUAUUAUGGUUUCGAUAUUUAUUCAGAGGGAUGAACGAGUUGGACAAGCUGUCGCUACUAAAAAGGAAGAAGUCUUCAGAUGAUCCGAAUAGUGCUGGUGAACAAAGACAACGAAUCACAAUUACUACUAGCGGCAAUCCCGGAGACAGAAGAAUUUAUCUUGGAUCGGAUCGCCGUCAUGUAACCGGGAGGGGUCGUUUGGAUGGAGGGCGGCUCUCGUUCCCUGCAGGUGGUCCUGCUAGAGGGGUACGCUUCAAUGCUUCUCGAGAUUCAAGAAACUUUGAUCGUUCAGAACGGAGUCGACGGAAGUCUGAAGGAACGCGAGAUUACGACGAAGGACCAAUGGACCCAAGCAAGCCCCAACUAAAGUUGGUUGAUCCGGCAUUUGUUCCACGAGGUCGUGGAUAUUUUGAUCACGAUAGCCGCGAAAAGGACACAUGGCAGGGGAAUGACCUCUACGAUCCGCGUCGAGACAAUGGAUUUCGAAAUGAUCGACGUCGUGAUCGAGAUGAUGAUCGCGGAACUUCAUGGCGAGGUUUCGAUCGGCCUAACACCGGCUCGUCUAGCUUCAACCGCAAAUUUGAAAGAUCAUCAGCAGCUGACGGUGUUUGGACCCACGACAAGUUCUUCGAGAUAGAAGGUGGUGGUGAGGAGCAAGAAAACAAGGAUAAACCGGAAGGACAGCCAGAUCAUCAGGGAGUUGCAAGCAAAGAUCGCCGACGUUCUCGAUCUCGGUCGCAUUCAAGAUCUCGCUCCGGAUCCCGCGAACGUUAUGCAAAUCGACGCCCAGCCGAUGAUCGUCGUGGCUUCAACAAAACUCGCGGAUUUGGCCGUCGGCGUCGUUCUCCAUCUCCAUUCCGAGGCCGUGAUCGUCGCCAC